CUUAUGGGCAACAUAUUUUCACGAAAGCUGUCGUUACGCGAACAGUUAUUUAACCUUGAUGAACGAAUUGAAAAGCGGUCGCAGAAGAUAAACCACCUAAGAAAACAGAAGUCGUACUAUUCAUUUGUAAUUGGAGUGAUUUAUUUGCUGCUCGUGCCGUUUACUGCUGUGCUUCUCCAUUAUUAUGAAUUUUCGUUUCUAUUUCUAGGGCUGCCCAUUGUAUCGUUUGUCCUGACUCAAACGACUUUGUACCUUGUCUUCUCCAAAUUUAUAGAUUAUAACGAAAAUUUGCUGAAAAAGAUGAAGAAAACGCAGAUUGAGCAGAUAGAGCAGCUGAAAAGAGAUGUGGAUUACAUAGAAACAUUGAAGAUCGUGCAAAAGUAUGACAAAUCGGCGAAAAAAAAACCGACCAGCACCGAAUCAAUAAUAUCAACACGAAGCAUGGCGGACAAACUAACAGAUAUCAUACUCGGCGAUAAUCCACAGCAAAUGUGUGCUCUCAUCUGCGAGAAGUGUUUUGCCCACAAUGGAUUGGUCUUCCCUAACCAGUUCUUUGACCGAAAGUUUAAAUGCAUAUCGUGCGGAAUAUUGAACAUCACAAAAUGUAAAGAAGAACUCCUAGAAAAGAAAGAAAAUGAUGUGAGUGAUAGUAAUUUGGAUGAAUCUAUAAGGAAUUGAACAUAACACAUGUUCUAAUACUCUAUUUUUAUUUUACAGGUGCAUUUGUUACUCAAAAGCUCGGAAUAAUGCCGUAUAUUUCAUUAAAGAACGUAUUUUGUAUGUCAUGUCACGUUGAAUGUUCUGAUUGUUCCUAUUAUCGUAGAUUUAUU